UAAAUUAGCUGGGGACAAUGUAGGAAACAAAUAUUUUGGACAGUUGAAGGUUGGUCAAUGCACCAGAAGGAAGCACAAACCUCUUAGACUGUCACUUAAAGAGGGUCACUUUAAAGAGUUGACAUUCAUCUUUUCAGGUCUAUUCGAUCAAGUUAUUCAUUCUACUGAGAAUGUUGACAUUAGUGGGCUGUUCAAGCAUCUUUAUCCGAAGGUUAUGGUAGGCUUACCGCUUUUAGAAGGAAUAAACCCAGCUUCAUGUUUUCCACGAACUGCUAUUGGCUAUGAGGCCACUUGCUACAGUCACAUCUGGAGUGAGGUCUUUGCUGCUGAUAUAUUUGCGUUGAAGUUUCAUGAUGAUAUUUUCAACUUACAAACAGGCUUGCAAUUUAGGAAUAAGGUAUUGGCCCCAGGAGGAGGAAAAGACCCCAUUGAAAUGUUAUCUGAAUUUCUUGGGAGGGACCCAUCAAUACAAGCUUUUCUUGACAGCAAAGCUGAUACAAACUAGAGUUUGGUAAAGCAGGGUGAAUUUUUUCUGCUCCAUAGGAGAAAUAAAGAUCAGAAAUGGAAAUAGCAUGUAAAAUCAAAGGCAGUUCAACUACAACCAUUGAAAAACUGUGGUUGAGCUGUUGCUAAUAUAAUCUUUAUUCUCUCUCUUCGUGGGUACCUUUUUUUUUUCCCCUAAAAUUUUGGGAAAGGUCCAAAGUACAACAAAAUAACUUGUAAUUGUGAAGUUAUAAGGUAUUAUAUCCCGGGGGUAAGAGAAUAACAAAAAGAGUAUGAACGUUGUAAACUUCCGUCAUUUGGACCGAAGAAUCUGCGGAGGAAAUCAGGUUUUAAAUUUCUUUGAAACCACAUGAUUGUAUAUUUAGUUAAAUGACUUUACAUAUUUUGGUAGUCA